CGGAGGUCAAAGGUCAUCCCGGAACAUCAACACCGUGACGUCACCGCCAUGUCGCCCUGCUCCCGCACGGUGUUCGCGCUGCUGCUGACCCGCAUGUGCUGCUCCUCCGCGGGCCCGCGCAUCCCGCACAUCGCCGCUUACUUCGGCACCAAGACCCGCUACGAGGACGCGCACCCGCGGCUGCUGCGGGACGCGCUGCGGGCGGACGGCUCGGCGCUCAGACCGCCGGCCGCAGCCCGCUGCUCCCCGCUGCACCUCACCGCGCUGCUGCGGCACGGCAGCCGCUACCCCACCGCGCCGCUCGUACGACGCAUGCGGCAGCUCAGCGAACUGGUCCGCAGGGAGGGGGGGCACCGGGGGGGGGGCUGCAGGACCAGAGCGGCUGGGACAUGUGGUACACAGAGGACAUGGACGGAGGUGCUGCUGGGUCUGGUGGACCCAUUGCCUUUUAAUUCAACAUAA